AUGGAAACUUUAAUUGAGAAAAAAAAUUGCUUACAACCAUACUAAGAAUUGACCAUUUGCAUAAAGCAAGCUGCAUAACAAUCAAACCCCAAUAAAAGACCAUCAUAUACAUCUAUCUGUUAACAAUCAUUUUAGAAAUUGGGUUAGUGUGUUGUAAAAGAGGAGAAAUGA